AUGCACUACUCCACAUUCAACCUCCUUGCGCUCCUUCCAUUUGCAACAGCACACUUCACCCUCAACUGGCCGACAGCCCGCGGCUUCGAUGAUACCCAAGCAGGCAGUUUCCCUUGCGGUGGCUUCGACGAGGUGAAGAGCCCACGGACAGAAUUCCCACUGGGCGGAGGGCCUCUCCAACUGAACCUGGAGCACACAAGCACCCAAGUGGCCGUCUACCUCUCUCUCGGAUCAGACCCAGGGAACAACUACAACAUUGUUCUCCGGCCGCAGUUCAAGGAACAGGGCCCCGGUGAUUUCUGCUUGGGCGAGGUGGGACUGCCCUCCAGCCUCAACAUCACAUCCGGCACAAACGGUACUAUCCAGGUCGUGACCAACGGGCAUGCCGGAGGUGGUCUCUACCAGUGCGCUGAUGUCACAUUCACCAACAUAACGCUGUCGCAGUCGGACAACCACUGCGCCAACAACACCAAUGUCAAGGUCACGCAGGAGAACAUGCCAGGCAAUCCUAACGGGACUUCCUCAGGUACUGGCACAUCGAGUGAAACCCCUGGCCCGAACCCGUCCAGUGCGGCGGCUCAUGCGACGGCGGCCGGAUGGCUAUUGGGCGCAGUCGGUGCUGCAGGACUGGCAUUACUUUAAAAGAUACCAGUAUAAAGGAGUAAUCAGGAAAAUUGUAUAUAGUGAAAAUCCUUGACUUGAAGUCCUACGGACUAGUGAAUAUUUGCGUGGAUGUUUGCGUGCAUGCAGAAGUGAUUGAGUACUCGUCUGUAGCUCGCGUGUGAUUGGUCAAUUGGUACUGACGACAUGAGCGCUCUCGUUGAGAAGUCAAGGGACUCGAGAAAUGCGUCGAACCGACCGAGCGAUUGGUGAAGAAAGGACUCUUUUCACAGAAUCUAAAAGUCCAAAUAAUUUUUGC